AAAGCGAGGAGCUUGGUUGAGAGGUUGAGAGAAUGGCGAUCAGUGCGCAGAGACAAUGGAGAGAGAGAGGGAUUAGCCCGGAGAGAAGGAAGGUUUGGAUUGAGCCGAAGCCGAGAGGAGUGGUGGAGAAGAAGGUAGCUGUUGUUUACUAUCUCUCUAGGAAUGGUCAGCUUGAGCAUCCUCACUUCAUGGAGGUUCCUUUGUCUAAAAGUGAUGGGCUUUACCUCAGAGAUGCCAUGAAUCGGCUUGAUUUGCUCCGAGGAAAAGGCAUGGCGUCUUCUUACUCUUGGUCUUCCAAACGGAGUUAUAAGAAUGGAUUUGUGUGGCAUGAUCUCUCGGAGGAUGAUCUCAUUCAUCCAGUUCAUGGCCAUGAGUAUGUUCUCAAAGGCUCAGAGCUUCACCAUGUGGAAUCAUCGCCUUCUUCGAGGUCUGAAAGGUCGGGUGAGAUUCCUAGAUCUCGAGAUGAUGCUGAGUUUUCGGUCGAACAGAGGAAGAAGACGACGUGGAGCUCGGUUGAUCUCAAUGAGUACAAGGUUUACAAAGCCGACCUCGCCUCCGACUCCGCCGUCAAGGCCGCGGCCGACGCGUCCACCCAGACCGAUGACCGGAAGCAGCGCCGGCGAGCUUUGCAUGUCCCCGAAGAGCAACCCCCGGCGGAGCUCAACAGCGAUGAGAUCUCACCCCCGCCGUCGUCCUCCAGCCCUGAAACCCUAGAAUCACUGAUGAAAUCGGACGGUCGGGGAAUCCCCAUAGCUACGGAGGAUCUUGAUCGGACGGUUGGGAGUAGCGUGAGUGGGAGGAUGAGGGCAUCAGCGGUGCUGAUUAAUUUGAUCUCAUGUGGGUCUAUCUCGGUGAAAGACCUCGUUACGGCGCAGUGUAAGAGAAGGGUGCCACGUGUAGGGUCGGAUCUUAUGGGGAAAGAGACAAUGGACGGCUUGAUGGAUAACCCAAGCUUCUCCUCAGGGAUUACCUUGGAGGACAAGGAGUACUUCAGUGGAAGCUUCAUUGAAAUCAAGAAGAAGGGUUGUGAUGCCGGUGCUGAGUUCCCGGCGUUGAAGCGCUCCUCCUCCUGCAACGCCGACCGAAGCUCAAAGACGGAGUUAUUAGAUAAAGAAAUUGAUGGAGUACGUACAAAAUGCAUCCCCAGGAAACCCAGACAACUUGGCGCAAAAAAGGACACCUCCAUUACACGUAGCACUCAUGGGAGCAAGAGGUUCAUUGAAGGGACUAGCAUUAAUACUACUAUUACCACCAUUACUCCUCAAACUCCGGCCAGUAAUUAAUGUUAUCCUUAGUUUUUAUUAACCAAAGUUUUAUUGAAGAAAAUGAAAAGGAAAAGUGAUGAAUUGAGUACCCUCUCUCCUUGCAGAUCACGGCACCAAGUUGUAGGAUUUCUAUGUUAAUAGGUUAAUUAAAUGCUGAGCUUUUAUUAUAGACAUAUAUAUAUAUAUAUAUAGCAAGUAUGUAUUAACUGGAGCCUUUGGUGUUAAGUUAACACGGACUUUAAUGUGCUUGGGGUUUUGGGAGAAGCGAAGGCUUUUGUCCGGGCAUGUUUGCUUUUGUUCUAUCAAAUAUUAUUUAUAGGUUAAUAAAUAUAUAUUUAUAUAUUUUUGCAGGUGUCAGGCCAUGUGAUAUUGUUCCCACUGCCACUUAACUGUAA